CACAACAUGGCACCUGCUGGCCGGGGUGUUGUGGUAGCGCUCUCCCUGCUGUAUUUAUGCCGAGCCAUUUUUUCCACUGAAUACUUUUCUACCCUCACUUUCUUUAACAGCGAACUCCACAAGCAUGGAUGCAGCUCUCCGCUGGAGUGGGAAGAGUACGCAUCCGACUGUGAAUCUUCCAUACUGCAACUCGAAGAUCCAGACUGCGAGGAUGGAAACAACCCAGCCUGCGAGUCAGUCUUUUCCCUCAACGCUGAGAAAAUUUUGAGCCAGGCAAAAUUGUUCAUUGAGCAAAAAAAGUUUCCUUUUGCUGUGGACAGUCAAGACACAAAUGAGGAACUAGCCAUAGGUUAUGUGCUCAUCGGCAAUGGACUUUAUGAUGAAGCCAUCAAACACUUCUCUGUGUUGCUGCAGGGCGACCCGGAGUUGGUCAGUGCCAUCUACGGCAGAGGAAUUGCUUAUGGGAAGAAGAGCCUACAGGACAUCAAGAAUGCCGAGUUGGCACUCUACGAGCUGGGCCGGGUGACUGCGCUGGAGCCCAACAGCCCAGAGGUGUACGAGCAAAGGGCAGAGAUCCUGUCUCCUCUGGGGAGGAUCAGCGAGGCCCUUAGUGAUCUCGCCAAAGCCAUCCAGCUGCACCCCUCAGCCCGCCUCUACAGGCACCGGGGAACACUGCUCUUCAUCUCUGAGGACUACGUUGCAGCCAUGGAGGAUUUCCAGCAGUCUCUGGAGCUGAAGAAGAACCAGCCCAUUGCUAUGCUCUACAAAGGCCUCACGUUCUUCCACAGAGGAAUGCUGAAGGAGGCCAUAGACACUUUUAAAGAGGCCCUGAAGUUGAAAUCUGACUUCAUCGACGCAUAUAAAAGCCUUGGACAAGCCUACAGGGAGCUGGGGGAGUUUGAGCUGGCCAUGGAGAGCUUCCAGAAGGCCCUGAUGCUGAACCAGAACCACAUCCAGUCUCUGCAGCUCAGGGGGAUGAUGCUCUACCACCACGGCAGCCUCCACGAGGCCAUCGGAAACUUCAAGCGCUGCCUGCAGCUGGAGCCCUAUAACGAGGUGUGCCAGUACAUGAAGGGCCUGAGCCACGUGGCUAUGGGCCAGUUCUACGAGGGCAUCAAGGCCCAGACUAAAGUCAUGCUCAACGACCCGCUGCUGGGCCAGAAGGCCAGCUCCGAAUAUCUCAAAGUCAAAUACCUCAGAGAAUACUCUCGCUACUUGCACUCUCAUCUGGACACUGCCGUGUCGGAGUAUAACGUGGAUCAAGAUCUUCCAGGGACCUUCAAAAACCACUGGGCAAAAAAUCUCCCUUUCCUUAUAGAGGACUAUGAAGAGCAGCCAGGUCUUCAGCCCCAUAUAAAGGACGUUCUACCUCAGAACUUUGAGAGCUACAACACUGAAGUGCAGAAGCUGAUCUGCACUGCUGAUCACCUUGGUGCUCUUAUGCAAUACAACACGUCAGGGUUCCUCCCAAACCGCAGAAUACACAGAGCGAUGGGGAUGGCCACUAUAGAAGUGAUGCAGGCCAUGCAGAGGACGUGGAUGAACUCCAAGGUGCGCGUCAACGGCAAGACGCGGCAGAUGCAGUGGCGAGACAUGUUUGACAUAGCCGUCAAAUGGAGAAGGAUUGCGGAUCCGGACCAGCCUGUUCUGUGGUUGGACCAGAUGCCAGCACGAAGCCUCAGCAGAGGUUUCAACAAUCAUAUCAAUCUCAUUAGAGGGCAGAUUAUAAACAUUCGAUAUUUAGGAUAUUUUGACAACAUACUCAAGUUUAUCAAAGAAAGAAUACUUGUGUACCACGGAGCGUACAACCCCAGAGGUCUAAUUGAGGUCAGACAAGCACUGGAAAAUGUAAAUAAGGUUGAAGACCUUCUACCCAUAAUGAAGCAGUUUAACAGUAAAACGCGGGACGGCUUCACCGUGAACUCCAAGGUGCCCAGCUUAAAGGACCCCGGGAAAGAGUACGACGGUUUCACCAUCACCAUCACUGGAGACAGGGUGGGGAACAUGCUGUUCUCAGUAGAGACCCAGACCACUGAGGAGAGGACCCAGCUGUAUCAGUCAGAGAUCGAGUCCCUCUACAAGGACCUGACAGCCAAGGGCAAGGCCCUCAUGCUGUCCACAGAACUGGGGGAUGCAGACGCUGUUUGUAAUCUCAUCCUCUCUCUGGUCUACUAUUUCUGCAACCUUAUGCCCCUCUCCAGAGGCUCCAGCGUGGUGGCAUAUUCUGUUGUCAUGGGAGCACUCAUGGCCAGUGGGAAAGAAGUGGUUGGACGAAUUCCCCCUGGAAAGUUGGUAGAUUUUGAAGCCAUGACGACGCCUAGUCCAGACCGCUUCAGUAAAACAGCGAAAAGUUGGAUGAACCUAAAGAGUUUGCCAGGCUGGUACCAGAGUCUACCGUCAGUGGCGGAGACGUUUCCGACCACGAGAGCCAUGGUGGAGGUCCUGAACACGGACGCUUCGUCACACUGUCCGAAGAAGUCCUAGCUGCUGGGUCCCGGCAAAAGGAAAAGGGCCCAUCUACUCUGCCACCCUCUCUGCUCUACGUUCAGACCCCUUAUUACAGUGCACAACUUUUAUUUUUUAAUUUUUUUUAAACACCCCC